CCUCCACAAGAGUACGACCUGCUGAAGGGCGAAAGCCCCGAGUCGACCUCCGCCUACGGCCUUGUUUUCUUGGAAACCAUCCGCAGAACGAAGGACAAGAGCGGACGACUUGUGGCUAGCUACUUUGAGAAUCUCCUCCCCCGUGAGAAGAACAAGGACUACUAUGCGCGCAUUCGCAUGCCCAUCUCCCUGAAAAUAAUUGAGCGCAAACUCCACAACCAGGACUUUGCCAACAUGUCUGAACUCGAAAGCUACUUCAAGCGAAUGGUCACCAAUGCGAAGGAGUAUUAUCCCAAGAAUUCCGAGAUUUUCGAGGACGCCGAGCGUGUCAGAAAAGCGCUGAGCAACUACAUGACCAAGACGAACCCGGCCUACAAGUUGGUACAGGGCUAUAGUUGCACUGCUGCGCCUAUACCUGAUGAUUUGCAGUCGACGGAUUUCAUGGAUGAAGACGCAGGGGGUGGCGAGGAGGACGCGGCUGGCGAAGAUGAUGCCGAAGGCGAGGAAGACGAGGACGCGGGUGAAGACGACGAGGAAGACGAACAGGACGACGAGGACGACGGAAACCCGAGAAAAAUCAUCCUGAAGCGAAGGGAUUCCAACAACGGCGUUAAACGUGGGCCCGACUCGGUGCGGAGACGUGACAGAAGUGGGAGGGCCAAGGCAGACCAUGAGUUCGAGGGCGUCCCGUACAAGGGACUGAACUUCCAACACGCGCAGGAGAAAAUCGUGGAGGAGCUUAUUCGAAAGCCAGACGAAGACGGUGGCCCUCAUUUCUUGGACUUUAUCAAUCUCCCACCACGCAGCUUCAAGGAUUAUUUUGCCGUCAUUACCUCUCCGUUGUCGUUAAAGGGGCUUCAAAAACUCGUCAAGGGCAUUCAUGGUCGACAAGCUGCCACUGGUAUCAGCGACUUCAAGAGCUGGGCAGCUUUUGAGGAAAAGGCCAGCCUUCUUUGGACCAACGCUCAUUUCUACAAUGAGGAUGGCAGUGAAAUCCACACCCUAGCCACAGAGUUGAAGCAAGCCUUUUAUGAUGAGCUCAACGCGGCGAAGGCAGUAGUCCCGGAACCACCUCAGCAGCCCAAGAUUAAGCUCAAGGUUGGUUCGGGUCAGGAUACUCCGGUACUGGGUGCCAAAAAGAUCACGAUCCAUGUCGGCGGGUCUAAAGGCAGCGCAACAGGGUCACCAGCACCACCGACCAACCGCUCUAGCGAAUCCGGCCCUAUUCCACCCCAGGCGUCAUUUACAACCGCUGCCAGCUUCCAGCUGGACAAACCUAUGAGUUUACCCUCAGCUGGAGGGUCCCCGAGCCCCCCUGUCAUCGCUCCUGGGCCACCAAGUAUGGUUCCACGGCCGAAUGGACAUGUUCCGAGUCCCAUGAUGAUGAUGAAUGGGCAGCACGGUUACCCAGGGUCGCAUCAAGCACUUCAAAAUGGCCAUCUGCCUCCUGCACCAGCACCUGCGCCUGCACCGCCACCUCCUCUGUGGGACAACUUGGUUCGCGCUCCUGGUAGAGGUGAGUUUCGAUGUAUUGCCGACUCUUUGUUGCCCAGUGUUCUUGUCCGGACACAUCCAACAGUUCCAGGGGACCGCCGAUUUCGGAUGGAACUUCCAGCAGACCCAAAGCUGGCUCAGCAGAGUGUCACUUUCCACUUGCCGGCUAGCCACAGCAGACUGCAGUUGGUUCCCCGGUUGGCGCCCUUUGAACAACAGGGACGUCAGUACAAGCUCAUCGUUCAGAUCAAUGGACAGAUGGUGGGCAGAGCCACCCCGAUUCCUGCACCUGAUGAUCCGCUGCCACUAAACGCCAUGGUGUUUGACUUGGGUUUAACUCUGGGCACGAACAUGAUUGUCGUUACAGUCGUGGCAUCACUGCCGAAGGGUCAAAAGCUGGAAAAUGGAGCGAGCGCCGAGGUAGAGAGGCUGACCAUGAAUGUCCACCUCACGAGAGUCUACUAG